AUGUACUAUGCCCAUCCAGAGUCUUCCCCCAGUUCCAGAUUCUUUCUGCAAUCCGACAAAAUUCUUUUCAGGUUCCUGGGAUGGGGCAAUGAGUACUAUCAAGUGGCUUGA